GGGGCCGGUCUGAGGCGGCGGUGGCGGCUCUCGGGGAGGGCUGGGCCAGGCUAGGGCGGGACUAGCCCACAGCAGGCGGACAAGAGCGCCGCGGAGCUAACGGGUCCGGGCGGCGGCGGCGGCGGCGGCGGCGGCUUUUGCGCGGGCGGAGGCAGCAGGAGCGGCGAGCAUGGCUCGCGCGGCGCCCGGCGCUGACUGAGGGUUAUGCUGCAGCAGCCUGGCGCCUGGCAAGACACAAGGAACCUGCCAGUGGAUUACUGUGAACUAACAGCAAGACAGGCUGGCUUCAGGGGAGCAGGGCCGGGCAGAGCAGCCACCCAGCCUAAGCCAGUGACACCAGGGAGGCCUGGACACUCAGCUAACCAGACAGUGUCAGACGCGGCACCCACUGAGCAGCUGCUCCUAGCCCCAGAGGACCCUGCAGCAGGCAUAGGUGCUUUUAACCCUGAUGCACAUCCAGUAGGGGUGGUGGCCACCAGGAGAAAAGGAAGCAACUCCUCGAAUGGGAAGCAGAAAGGCAGAACCCACUGCAAGGAGGAUCUUGGUCUCUGCUGCAAAGUCUUCUGACACCCUCAGUGCUUCCUAUUUUUCUCUUCUCAGGGUUAGAGUCUGGUUACCCUCCUCUGGCAGAGGGGUGGGCCAUCUAAGCUGGGGAUGAUUCUUGAAGGGAACAACCCAGGUCCCCUGAAGCCCAUGUGCUCUCUACUGUGAUUGGAAGACGAGGAUUCCCCACGGCAGGGGACGAGGGGCUGCCUCAGUGUCUGCCCAUGAAACACAAGGACCCUAACUGCUCCAGACUGGAUUGUUUCAAGUCACCAAAGAGGGGCCCCCACAGAGCUGGCAGCCAGCAAUCCCAAGAGACUAGAGGGCUGGGAUGGACUGACCUCCCCCUCACCAGGCCAGCGGGAGAGGCAGAACCUCUGUGGCCUAGCUAGUGACGGAGAGACCCAAUGAAGCCCUAAGCAGGGGCCCAAGUGGCUCAGGGACAGGGCGGCCACUCCUGCUGACGUGCUUUCUCCUUAUCUUGAGGGUGUGGGUAAGCGACCCCUGCCGCUGUCCCCUGCCACGGCACGUGCCCCUAUGCCCUUUGUACGUAGUGCCAGAAUAGGCAGGCUGUGCUGUGUUUGGUCCCUCAGUGGGCUGGGAAAGGAGUGGCCACGGUGACAGCUGCCUGCCUGCCAGCACCAUGAAGUGCUCCCUGCGGGUGUGGUUCCUCUCUGUGGCCUUCCUGCUGGUGUUCAUCAUGUCUCUGCUCUUCACCUACUCACACCACAGCAUGGCCACCCUGCCCUACCUGGACUCAGGGGCCCUGGGUGGCACCCACCGGGUGAAGCUGGUGCCUGGCUAUGCUGGCUUGCAACGCCUCAGCAAGGAAGGGCUUGCCGGCAAGAGCUGUGCCUGCCACCGCUGCAUGGGUGACACGGGUUCCUCUGACUGGUUUGACAGCCACUUCGACAGCAACAUCUCCCCUGUCUGGACCCGAGAGAACAUGGACCUUCCCCCGGAUGUCCAGAGGUGGUGGAUGAUGUUGCAGCCCCAGUUCAAAUCACACAACACCAACGAGGUGCUGGAGAAGCUGUUCCAGAUAGUACCUGGUGAGAACCCCUACCGUGUCCGCGACCCCCACCAGUGCCGGCGCUGUGCCGUGGUGGGCAACUCGGGCAACCUGCGGGGCUCUGGCUACGGCCAGGAUGUGGAUGGACACAACUUCAUCAUGAGGAUGAAUCAGGCACCAACUGUGGGCUUUGAGCAGGAUGUUGGCAGCCGAACCACCCAUCAUUUCAUGUACCCUGAGAGUGCCAAGAAUCUGCCCGCCAAUGUCAGCUUUGUGUUGGUGCCCUUCAAGGCCCUGGACUUACUGUGGAUUGCCAGCGCCCUAUCCACGGGGCAGAUCCGAUUCACCUAUGCCCCAGUGAAGUCCUUCCUUCGAGUGGACAAAGAAAAGGUCCAGAUCUACAACCCAGCUUUCUUUAAGUACAUCCACGACAGGUGGACCGAACAUCACGGGCGGUACCCCUCCACAGGGAUGCUGGUUCUCUUCUUUGCCCUGCAUGUGUGUGAUGAGGUGAACGUGUACGGGUUUGGGGCCGACAGCCGGGGCAACUGGCACCACUACUGGGAGAAUAACCGGUACGCGGGCGAGUUCCGGAAGACGGGCGUGCACGACGCAGACUUCGAGGCCCACAUCAUUGACAUGCUGGCCAAGGCCAGCAAGAUCGAGGUCUAUCGAGGAAACUGAGUCAGCCGUCGCCGACCCUUCCAGCCCUAGCUCGGGCGCGCGCUCCCGCCCGGAACUCGGAGCCAGCCCCAGCCCCAGCCCCACGGCGGUGGCCCUGCGUGCGAGCCCCGCCCCGGGCGUCGCCAGGCAAUCGGGAGGAGGGACGCCAGAGCGCGGUCUGGACCAAUCAUGCUGCAGUCCAGCGGGCGCCUGCCGAACCCCGCCAAUCACGAGACUUCGGAGCCUGGCACCAAUCAGCGCUACAGUCAGGCGAAGCUUAUUUCUCUCAGCCAAUCAUGCGACUCAAGGAGAACUUCGGCACUAGGCCCGUCCCUUCCAAUCAAAGGCUUCUGGGGGCAGGCCGGCGGCCGCUCAAUCCCCCCAAACCCCCACCCCCGCGCUUUUGGUUGGUUUUCUGAAGUCUGAGCAGGGGGGGGGGGGGUCACCUGGGCCUUGGUGGUACUUUUCCCGGGUUCGACAGCCGGGAGCAUCCUAGUUGGCCGGCCGGAGGAGCGACCUGUGGGUCUGGGGCGCUUUUCACCGAGAGCCAAGUGGCGGUUUCCGGAUCGCUCAGGCCUCCGCAGGGUCCUAGGCGCCGUAUUUCCUUUGUCGGUCCGACCCAGAGGGUGAGUGCAAACCCACCAAAGAAACGCGGUCAUGGAGGCGCCCCACGGGCCCCUCACCCCAGCCCCCCCCCCCCCAACGGCCUCUGAUCUGACCCUGGCGCUCGCGUCUCGCCCUUGCUGGGGGUGGCAUAUUGCGUAGGGCCCAUCCCGGAACAUAGGUGUAAGGAACACGGCAGGGGACAAGGAAGCCCUGUCACAUCCAAUGUAAGGUGCUUCUUACUCACGUGUGCCCUCAGCCCCUUCUGUUCACCCACAACCUUUUUAGCGUCUCUCCUUAGGCCCUGGGGCCUCACCAGCCGCCUUGUUGCUCUGGGAAAAAAAAAAAAUCAGAAAACUUGCCCUGGGAUGGGGCCCUGCUGCUUUCUCUCUGUUUCUCUCUCUCCCUCUCAUCUUUGGCCGGCUUAGGGAGGGAGAGCAACACUAUGGAUGGAAGGCCAGAGGUGGGGAGCCCAGCUGCUCGCUGCAUGCCCUUUCCUCGUCCUCUCCUCACCCCAUAGAGUGAUGCUUGCUUAGGGGUGAUUUUGCUUUGGGCUCGAUAAUUUAGUAACCAGGUAUGGCUGACCUUCAAAGAGCCUUUUAAAAUUCUGAGCUGGCUGUGCCAGUAGCCAGGAGCCUUGUGGGAAUAGAUUGCCCACUGCAUGCCUCCUGCCAUGGGCCCCCCUGCUCACCUGCCUCCUCCUUCCAAACCCAGAAGGGCUGGGACACUGACCAUCAGGGGUUCCAGCUGGAAGCUGCUGGCACAACAGAACCCAGCUUAGGUCCCUAGAGGGAGCUGCUCAGCCUUUGAGGUUGGGGAAGUUUAGGAGGAGAAAGGGCUUCUGUGAAGCUCUCAAAUCAACCAGGAUCCCCUUUCCCACCAAUGAUGACACACAUGUCCCCCUUUUUUUCAGUUGACACCACUAAACAGCCUUUUGGUCAUUGGUAUAGUUCCUGCAGCUGGCUGGGGGAACAGUGACAAGCAGGGGACUUUGUUAUGGAAGGGUUAGGAUAGGCAGUGGUCGCUCAGAAGAAUUAAUAUAUUGAGAACUUACAUUGAGUCUGUUGUUUCCCACUUCCAAGCUCAGGAGGAAUAAAGAAUGGGGGUGGACGGGGGAUUUUGCAGACUGCCUCUCAGGGCUUCCCCUCAGUCCUAGACAGUAAAGGCACCAGCCAUUCUUGUCAGUCUCAGCUCAGUUCAGCGCUUCCAGAAGAGGCUGUUAUGAAAAUGAAAAACAAUGCAAUUAUGCCAAACAGUAUUGAGCAGAAUAAUUUAUUUCUUGUUUCUUUUUCUAGUUUUGUUUAAACCAUUAAUCCCAUUCUGGAAGAUGUAGGUCCCAGCAUUCAGCCCAGAUCUCCUUCUCUGCAAUAGUUAUUUAAACAGUUUUUAAUUUCCUUCCCUCUCUUUUUGAAUUAAAAAGAACAAAACCAUACAGUCCU